UCUGAUCUCAAUGCUUUGAAGUGAUUGGAGGAAGCUACCAUUCUUUCUCUGUGUUCUUCAUCACACUUUCUGAUUGUUGUCAGAUUUGUCUUGUCAAAUGAAGUAAUAUCACCUUAUUGAAGUUAUUUUUAAGCACGAGACGCUGUGGAUCAUCUCUAAUGUAAAUGAAAAGAUGUAGUUGAGAUGUAGCAUGGCUGCUCUAAUAACAUGUUAUCAUUUCUUGACAUCGUCACCUCGAGCAAAGGCGUGGCUAAAGAAGCAAUUGAUUCAACUGGACUUGUACGAGGCAAGAGUUGAUCAAGUAAAAGAUGUUGUGGAGAAGCUCAAGAAGAAGAGAGAUUCUAUUCAACAUACAGUUGACGAGGAAGAACGUCGACAUGGAAGAAAAAUUCACGUUGAAGUUAAAGAAUGGAUGGAGAGUGUGGAUAAACUCAUUCGCGCAUAUAAGGAUUUCGACGAUGAUGAAAUAUGCCAUAAACGUGCGGUGUUUGAGUUUUUCGACAGUGGUUACCUUCCCAGGCCAGGGAUAAGGUAUCGUCGAAGUAUAAAAGCAAAAGAUAUCACAAAGCAGGCAAAUGGGUUACUGCAAAAUGCAAAGUUUGACAUUUUAUCUUAUUGGUCUGGCCCACCCUCCAUGGCUGCCUUUUUUUCCAACCUUGGUUAUGAAAGCUAUACAUCAAGAAAUGACACUGUGAAAAAGAUUACUGAUGAAUUUCAAAAGCCAGGUGUUAGAAUGAUCGGUCUUCAUGGGUUGAGUGGCGUUGGCAAGACAUCUUUAGUGAAAGAGGUUGUGAAGAAAGCCUUGAAAGAUAAGAUGUUCGAAGUGGUGACCAUGGCAAGUGUGACAAAAAACCCUGAUGUAAGAAAAAUCCAAGGACAAAUUGCUGAUAUGUUGGGAUUUGUAUUGGAGGAGGAAAGUGACAUUGCAAGAGCUGCUAGGAUACAUAAAAUAUUGAAUAAUGAGAAUAAGAGCACGCUCAUAAUCCUAGACGAUCUUUGGGAAGAAGUGAACUUUAACCUGCUAGGGAUUCCAUGUGAAUUAGAGAAAGAAGAUGGCGUAACAAAUGUCCAAGGAAAAUCCCUUGAUGUUGAUAGCUUGAAGAAUGUUAGUGAUGGAAAAUCCCCUGAUGUUGAUAUCUUGAUGAAUGUUGAUGGUUCUAAGAAUAUAAAUAAAGGAAAAUCCCCUGUUGAUGCUUCUGAUCGAGUGAAAGCGGAAAAUUUUGUUCCUCAAUACAAAGGGUGCAAGAUUUUGAUGAUUUCUGAAAUCAAACAAGUGUUGUUAACUCAAAUGGAAGGGAAAGAAGAGAGUAUUUUCCCCGUGGAUGUCUUAAAGGAGGAGGAAGCAGAGAUGUUGUUCAAGAAAAAGGCAGGAAUAAGUGAUAAGAAUUCUGAAUAUGACAAAUUAGCAGCUCAAAUUGCCAGCAAGUGUAAAGGGUUGCCAAUGACUAUAGUUACUACUGCAAGGGCAUUGAAAAAUAAGAGCCUUUCUGUAUGGGAUCAAACUAAUCGAAAACUUGAAUCUCAAAACUUAACUGGAGUACCUGAAUUUUCUACGAAGUUGAGUUAUGAACUUUUAGAAGAUGAGGAACUUAAGUACACAUUCUUGCUUUGUGCUCGCAUGGGUCAUGACGCAUUGAUUAUGGACUUGGUGAAAUAUUGUAUUGGUUUUGGUUUUCUUCAGGGAAUCAACACAGCAAGGCAAACCAGAGACAAAUUAUUUAUGCUGGUUGCAAAGUUAAAAGAGGCAGGUUUGUUGUCUGACAGUUAUUCAAGUGACCAUUUUACAAUGCCAGAUACUGUUCGCAGAGCAGCUUUGUCCAUAGCAUAUAAAGAAAAUCAAUUGUUUACAAUGACAAAUGGAAGGCUAGAUGAAUGGCCAGAUAAACUUCAAAGGUAUGCUGCAAUUUCCUUACAUCAUUGUGAUUUCAUUGAAGAUUUUCCUGGGAAGUUAAAUUACCCAAGACUUAGAGUCCUUGAAAUAGUUAAUAAUAUUCCACGUCCGAAAAUACCCAAAAACUUCUUCAAAGGAGUGAAAGAACUUAGAGUGUUGAUAUUGACCGGUAUUGAUCUCCCCCUCAUUGAUUCAUCAGUUUCAUCCUUGUAUAAACUUAGAAUGCUUUGUUUGGAGCAAUGUUCCAUGCUAGAUGAGGAAUUAUCCAUCAUAGGAGUGCUGAAAAGGUUAAGAGUUCUUAGUCUUUCAGGAUCUGAUAUUAAAAGUUUGCCAAAUGAGUUGAAUGAGUUAAAAAUGCUACAAAUUUUUGACAUAAGCAAUUGCCCUAAACUUAAAAAAAUUCCACAUGGUGUCAUAUCUAGCAUGGUAAGUCUGGAGGAGUUGUAUAUGAGAAAUACCUUGAUUCAAUGGGAGGAUGAAGAACAAACACGUCAAAGUAAAAUAGCUCUUCUUUCUGAUUUGAAUCAUUUGAAUCAAUUGACAACUCUAGACAUACAAAUCCCAAAUGUUUCCUAUUUGCCAAAGAAUUUGUAUUUUGACAAGUUAGAUAGUUACAAGAUUGUUAUUGGAGAUUUGAGUUCAUUUUUAGAGACUGGUUUCCAAAUGCCAGAGAAAUAUGAAACAUUGAAAUUUUUGGCUGUACAAUUGGAAAAUGGAUCUGACAUUCAUUCUCUAAUGGGGAUCAAAAUGUUGUUUGAAGGAGUUGAAAAUUUGUUUCUAGAACUUAAUACUGUCCAUGAAAAGCACAACAGUGUCCAUGAAGCUCAUAAUAUUGUCCACGACCUCUUUUAUAGAUUGAAUUUGAAAGGAUUUCCAUAUCUCAAACAUUUGUGGAUUGUAAAUAAUUCUACCAUUCAAUCUCUCAUCCAUCCAAAGGACAGGCAAUACCCUGAGAAAGCUUUUCCAAAAUUGGAGUCACUAAGUCUCUAUAAUCUCAAGAUGGAUGAAAUAUGCUCAUGUAAACUUUCAGAACCCUCCUUUGGUAAACUGAAAGUCAUUAAGAUUAAUCUCUGUGGUGAAUUGAAGAAUGUAUUCUCAAUCUCCAUGGUUGGGCUUUUAAAAGUUCUUGAAACAAUUGAAGUUUCCGAAUGUAGCUCUUUGAAGGAAGUUAUCUAUGUGGGACCACCUAUCAACCCUGAAAAAACUGUGAUUCCUAUGCUUCCUGAAUUACGCUAUUUGAAGUUGCAUUCUUUGUCUAAAUUCAUUGGGUUUGAUGCCACUCCUUAUAUAGAAGGAGAGGAAAGAAAACUUUUCCACGAAAAGGUUGGAGUUUCAAAAUUACAGAGACUAGAGUUGUCCUCGAUCCAAAUUGAUGUAAUAUGGAGUGUCAGGAGCCAAUCUUCAGAAAUAUUAUCUUUUGAAAAUUUGACACAUUUGGACGUGAAUGGUUGUUGGAAACUAAAAUCUUUGAUGUCAUUUACAAUGGCCAAUUGUCUGGUGAAUCUUCAAAGCCUUUAUGUAAGUGACUGUAAAAAGAUGAGUUGUAUCUUCCUACCUAAACAAGAUACAGAGAAGGAUAUUAUGGGUAGCAUCUUUCCAAAAUUGAAGAAUAUGAAACUUUCCAACAUGAUUAGUCUGAGUAAGAUAUGGUAUCCCAAACUCCCUUCAGACUCCUUUUACACACUAGAAACUCUAAUUAUCGAGGAGUGUCACAAACUUGAAAAUGCAGUGGAAAGAAUAUUUGGGAGUCUAUGCAACUUGAGAGUUACAAAUUGCAGGUCCAUGGAAGCCAUAUUUAAUAUAUGUGAGCAAGUCGGGGAUGUAGCUAAUAACUUGCAAGAUGUUCAUUUAGAAACACUCCCAAAAUUGGAGAUUGUAUGGAGAAUUAAUAAUAAAGACCUCGUAGGGAUUCCCAAGUUUAACAAUCUAAAGAGGAUCUUGGUUCAAGAUUGUGAGAGCUUGGAAUAUAUAUUUCCAUUUUAUGUAGCCAAGAAUCUUGAUAAUCUUGAAUCUCUUGUGGUUUGUGAUUGCUGUGGACUGAAUGAAAUUGUUGCCAAAAGGGAAGUUACCAACACGGAUAGAGAAAAAUUUAACUUUCCUAAACUAAGCACCAUCAAAUUUUCAGACCUGCCAAAACUUACGAGUUUUUACCCAACGGCUUAUGAUUUAUCCUGUCCAUUGAAUGAGUUGUCUAUUAAAUUUUGUAACAAUCUGGAACCAUUCAACAACGGAACCGAGCAUGCACAAAGAAAUCCUGUACAUGCGUUCUUUCCUGAAAAGGUUAUCAAUAACUUGAAGUCCAUGCAAAUUGAGUUCUGGCAUGCAAAGUCACCAAGAAGUUAUAUGGGUAAAGGGAACCAUCGAAGGGAUAACUUAGAAGAGCUUUCCUUAUCUAGAUUAAUGAAUACUGAGAUUUUAUACUCUUUCCUACAUAGAAAUCCUAAUUUGAAGAGCCUAUCACUGAAUAAUUGUUACUUUGAAAAUAUAUUGCCUCUAAAGGAAGAUACUGAAAUUGAAAACUUGGGAGUAGUUCCAAAUCUGAAAAGCUUGAUGUUGAUAGACUUGCUGAAUCUCAAAGAGAUAAGCUUUGAACCCGCCAUAAUUCUUGAAAGGUUAGAGUUCUUGAUUUUGAAGAACUGUUGUAAUAUGAUUACAAUAGCACCUUCCUCUGUAUCUUUUACUCGCUUGAAAAAUCUAGAAGUGGUCAAGUGUGAUCGAUUACAAAGUCUAAUGUCAGCAUCUACUGCAAAAAGUUUGGUUCAGCUCAACACCAUGAAAGUAGUAAAAUGUGAAUCCCUGAUGGAAAUAGUAAGAAAGGAUGGACAAAAAUCUGACAGAGUUGUUUUUCAACAAUUGAAAGCCCUAGAGCUUGUUUCACUUAAGAACCUCAAGAGUUUUUGUGUCUCUGAUUGUGACUUUGAAUUUCCAUCUUUGGAGAAAUUGGUUGUGAGCGCAUGUUAUAAUAUGGAUAAAUUUUCAGAAACAGUCACCAGCUCACCAAUUUUACAAAAUGUACAUGUUGUACAUGGAAAAGAGAACAAACGAUUCUGCUGGGAAGGAGAUAUAAAUGCUACAAUACAAAAAAUGUUCGAGGAAAUGAAAUUUUUUGAAGGCAUGGAGGAGAUAAGCCUUUCGGAACAUCAAGAACUACACGAAACUUGGCAACGAGGAGCUGGUCUGCAAAAGAAAAAUAGCUGGUUUUAUAGUUUGAAAAUUUUGAAGCUUGAGAACUGUGUAAUUCAACCAUGUGCAAUUCCAUCUAAUAUUCUUCCUUAUUUGAUGAGCUUAAAAGAACUGCAAGUACGAGGUUGCAACAAUGUAGAGGUAAUUUUUGAGAUGAAUGCUGAAGAGAGUACUGCAUCAGCAAUCCACUUGCAAAAAUUGACUUUAGAAAAGUUACCACACCUUAAGGAUGUGUGGGAAAGAAAUGAUAAAGGAACCAAGAGCUUUCAAAAUCUGAAGCUAGUCAAUGUCAGUGAAUGUAGAGACCUGCAAACUGUGUUUCCUUUUACCUUGGCAAAAAGUCUUAAGAAGCUUGACGAACUUAAAAUAAUGCAUUGCCAUGGAUUGCAUGAAAUUGUUAGAAAGGAAGAGGACACAACAGCUGUGUUUGUGUUCCCUUGCUUAACUACACUGAAACUUGCUGAUCUGCCAGAGCUCCUUUACUUUUACCCAGAAUCAUUUACUUUGGAAUGCUCUACGUUAAAGGAACUAGUCGUGUGGAAGUGUCCAAAGAUGGAGCUAUUUGGAAGUGCUAACAGACAAUCCAUUUUCUUUGAUCUGAAGGACAUUAGCAACCUUGAAGUAUUGAUACUUGGCUGGGAACACACAUUGGCGUUAAGGACAAUACUGGGAGAACCUAUGGACAACCUCAAAUAUUUAAAUGAUAUUCAGCUUGUAUUUAUUAUUGAUGAGAACGAAAGACCUGAUUUGCCCAUUCAAAUACUCCAGAAGAUGCCCAAUUUAACAAAAUUGAGUAUACACCAUUGCAGUUGGCUCGAGGUAUUUCAAACUCAAAUCCCAGAAAUUGUUGAGAAAAGGGUGCUUACACACUUGAAAUCAUUGAGACUGAAUGGUGUGUCGAAACUCCAGUCCAUUGGGUCAGAGGACUCACCAUGGUUAAACCUGCUUUGUGACAGUGAAAAGCUCCAACAUUUAGAGGUUGUCAAUUGUCCUGAUUUGAAAUCACUAGUGCAUUCUACUCCUUCACCUUCAGUGUCUUUUAAGCAUGUGAAAGAAAUGUACAUAACCAAUUGUCAAGAUAUGAAGUAUUUAUUCACAUUACCAGCAGUGAAUAACUUAGAGAGCCUUGAGUAUAUAGAAGUCAAUAACUGUGAAUCAAUGGAAGCAAUAGUCUUGAAAGUUGAGGAUGACAUUUCAAAAGAGAUCCAAUUACAGCGGUUAAAACACAUCGAUCUAAAUCAUUUAUCAAGCUUGAAAUGCUUUUAUUCAGGUGAUGCCACUUUGCAGUUGCCCUCCUUGAUCCAAGUGGACAUAUGGAUGUGCCCCAAGAUGGAGUUUUUCUCUAGAGGACGCAUACAGCUGAAUUCUUCAUUUAGAGGAAUUGAAGCUUUAAACGUCUCAAGGGAUGAAUUGGUCUUCUACCUUGAUCUUAACUCUUCGGUAAAAAAGGUGUUCCUGCAACAGGAGUUUUUUCAAGCCCUGGACCCGGUUUGUAAACUUGGUCUGGAAAACAAAUGGUGGGCCAAUAUGGAAACUUUGAAGCUGCAAAACUGCACUCUAUCAUAUGCAAUUCCAUCUUACAUUCUUGCUCUUUUAAAGAACUUAAAGGAGCUAGAAGUACGAGAAAGCAACCAAGUAAAGGCAAUUUUUGAUAUAAAUGACGACACUGAGAUUAACGAAACAGAAUCCCAAUUGAAGAUAUUGACAUUAAUUGGCCUAUCAGAGCUGACACAUGUGUGGGAAAAGGACACUCACAGAAUUCUCAUCUUUCGCAAUCUACAACAGGUUGUUGUUAGUAAUUGUGCAAAGCUGCAAAUUUUAUUUCCUACUUACCUGGCAAAAAGUCUCAAGGAUCUUAAUAAGCUUAAAAUAAAUAACUGUAAAAAUUUGCAAGACUUAGUUGAACAGGAAGAAACAACAUGUGUUACAGAAAAGUUUGUGUUCCCUUGUCUAGAGGAUUUGGAACUCCGUAACUUGCCCCGGGUCACUUGUCCUAAAAUGUUCACUCUGGAAUUCCCCUCCGUAAAAUUCUUAGAUGUGAGGAGUUGUGAUGGUUUAGGGUUAUUUAAAAGUGUAUAUGAUCCCAUGGGUGAGGGUACUUCAAGCAGCAGACUUCCUCUUAUAUCAGAUCCAAAGGUCAUUUCCAACCUGGAGAAACUGACUCUUGAGUGGAAACAAAUUUUGCCAUUAAGCUUAUGGCUUAAGUCACAACAAUCUACAGAAGGCCUCCCAAAUUUAAACAGCAUUUACGUGUCUUUCUUUGGCGCCAAGGAGAAUGAAAUACCCAUGUUGCCCAUUGAAAUACUCAAGGCUCCAAAUUUAAUAGAAAUGAAUGUAAUGCAUUGUGAAAGUCUCGAGAAUUUCCUUGUUCAAAAUGCUAAAAUUGGCGAGGAGGAGAUGUUAGGAAAGUUAACAAUGUUGAGGCUAUAUGAUGUGUCCACUACACAAUUAUUCGAGUUAGAGUACUCCUCAAGUUUAAACAUCUUUGAGAGGCUCCACAGAUUAUUUGUUUCCCACUGUCCCCAUUUGACAACAUUAGGAGUACAUUCUACUUCUAUAGUGUCUUUCUAUUGUUUGAAAGAACUGUUUAUAUACAAAUGUCCAAACUUGAAGUACUUAUUUACAUCUUCAGCUGCCAAAAUGUUAAUGAACCUUGAGGAGAUUAGUGUCAUCGAAUGUGAAUCACUAACAAAAAUAGUGGUUAAAGAGGGAGAUGCAACUUCUGAAGCCAUUAAAUUUGAGCGACUCCACACCAUUUAUCUCAAAUCCUUAACAAGUUUAGUAUGCUUUUAUUCCGGUAGUGAGACUCUGCAAUUAUCAUCUUUGAAAAUUGUGACAAUAUGGAGCUGCCCCAACAUGGAGAUUUUCUCCCAAGGAAUCGAAUCCCUUAUGGGAAUUACGUUAUCCAUAGACCUGGAACCAAAUGAUUUACCUCCUCCACAAGAUCUAAACACCAGAAUAAAAGGGAUAUCACAACGAAAGGAGUUUAUUGAAUCAGUGGACAAGGAGUGUUUUUCUGAUUAUCUUAAGCUACAAGAAGAUCCACAUUGUAACUUUCGCCUGCAAAACCGAUGGUUGAGCGAUUUGGUUAGUUUGAAGCUUCAGAACUGUACUUUGUCAUGUGCAAUUCCAUCCCCUAUUCUAGCUCUUCUAAAGAGCUUAGAAGAGUUGGAAGUACGGGAUAGCACAACGGUAGAGGUAAUUUUUUAUAUGAAUGACAGUGACAGUAUGGAAAUAGCAUCCCGGUUGAGGAUUUUGACCUUAGAAGGGCUAUCGAAGCUGACACGUGUUUGGGAAAACAAGAAAAAUGGAGUUCUCAUCUUUCCAAAUCUGCAGCAGAUUGUUGUUAGCAAUUGUGAAAAAUUGGAAACUCUAUUUCCUGCUUCCAUGGCAAAAAAUCUGAAAAGUCUCAAAGGAAUUAAAAUAAAUUUUUGUGAUGAGUUACGAGAAAUUGUAGAAAAAGAAGAAGACAGAGAAGAAAAGUUUGUGCUCCCUUGUUUAGAGAAGUUGGAUCUUUCUUCGUUGUCAAAACUCACUUGCUUUUACCCUGAAACAUUUGCUUUGGAAUGCCCAGCCUUAAAUGAAUUAUCUGUGUUUGAUUGUAAUGAAUUGGAGUUGUUUCAAUGUGCACAUUCCACGGGUGAGGGUACUUCAGUUAACAGACGACCUCUGAUCUCAAGUCUAGAUGUCAUUUCAAACCUGAGAGAAUUGAAUCUCGAUUGGAAACAUAUUCUGGCAUUAAGAUCAAGGUUUAGGUCUGAAAAAUUUAAAGGGGUCUUCAAAUUUGUAAACAAAAUGUUACUGGACUUGGACGGUGAUGUGGGUGAGAUGCCUAUAGUGCUCAAUGAAAUACUCCAUAAAGCACCCAAUUUAAUAGCAAUGAUUAUGGUUAUGCAAAAAUGCAAUAAUCCGGAGAUUUUCCUUGCUCAAAACCCCAAAAUUGGUGAGGAUGGGAUGCUCUUACAGUUAAGAAAAUUGAUACUAGUCGAAGUAUCUGCUAUCCGGUCCAUCCAGUCAGAGAACUCAUCGUGGUUAAACACAAUCUGCGAGAAGGUUCACGAAUUACAUGUCUUUGAAUGCCCUGAUAUUGAAACAAUAGGAGUGCAUUCUACUUCUACAAUGUCUUUCUCUUUUCUGAAAAAAGUGUUUGCAAGCGACUGUCCCCAAUUGCAGUAUUUAUUUACAUCUUCAGUCGCCAAGAAGUUAGUGAACCUCAAAGAGAUCAUGGUCACAGAAUGUAAAUCUCUGAAAGAAAUAGUGUCAAAAGAGGGAGAUGAACAUGAACAGAAAGGAGAAGGUGAAGAUGAAGAUGAAAAUGAGAUGAUAUUCUUGAAGCUUGAGAUUUUGACUCUUAUCUCAUUAGGCAAAUUUGAAAUGUUUUACACGGGGAGUUCCACUUUGAAUUUCCCAUCCUUGAGAAGAGUGAGGGUUGACAAAUGCUUCAGCACCAAAAUUUUCCGUCGUCGUGAUAAAGUGCCUCCGAAAUUUAAUGUAAUGAUAGAUGAAAUCCGUUGUAAAGGUGAUACAAAAGCUCUGAUCAUGCAACAGUUUGAGGAGGAGGCAUCCUGAGUUAGUAUGGUGACAAAUUCCCUUCACUUGAAAUUGUGUCAGCUGAAAGAAACUUGCUGUCGUUGCAUUUGCUUAUGGUAGGUACCCUUGAAAACAUGUUUUCUUCUUUUUAUCAAGCACGCCAACAGAGAAGACAUGGAAUCUUAGAAUCAGGGGACUCAAAGAUGGAAAAGAUAGCGACCUGACUACAACUAUCAAAAAAUAGAGGGCUUUUUCUUUGUGUUGAAGUGCAUUGUUCAUGAAUAAAGUUUCCCUAUAUACCUACAGGAAACAGGAAACGUGAAUGCUUCUCAACAUAUGUAUAUUUGUUUUUGAAUAAGUGUUGUUCUUGUAUUCAUACAGGAGCUGAUGCGUGUUGCUUUAGGAGGUUUGAAUUGUUUUAAAUUAAGUUCUUGAAGGGUUUUCCAUGAAUAAAUUUGAUAUGAGUUUAUCUGUAGAGAAAGAUGCUCCACGGAUAAGUUGGAAAUUGAGCAAUGCAUCUCUAGACAUGUUGGCUUUCUCUGCUACAAGGUGUUUCAUGAACUAUACUGCAAUGUAUGUGUGUGUAUGUACUAUAUUUCUUAAGUUGUAAAAUGAAUGUCUUUUUUGAAUAAAGUUGGCUGAGGCGUGUAUUGUU